CACAGGUUAACUGUCAUAACAUCUACUGUCUAUCCACAGGUUAACUGUCAUAACAUCUACUCUUUAUCCACAGGUUAACUGUCAUAACAUAUACUGUCUAUCCACAGGUUACUUUGACACUAUAACUGUUGUUUUGACACCACUAUAAUACAGAAUAUCUCUAAGAGAUGGAAAUCCUAUGUGUUCCUGAGAAAUGUAUGGAACUCAUCCAGUGAUGUCAUUAUCAGUCACACAACCUGACAGUCUGUGACCAUGACAACUGAGCACACAUUGCGGUGUUCGACUUGGGGUCGAGAAGAGUGUGAGAAAGACAGAAAGGGGGAACGUUAACUCUUUCUCAGCAGCAUCACUUUUAGUUGCAAAUGGCCCUGUGGUGAACCAAGGUAGAGCUGUGUACAUCCUCAUGCAUGUGUACGUGUGCAGACAUGAAGAUCUGUAUGACAUGGUGCACGUAUUAGCUUGGUGCUUCAGUGUGGGAACAGGAUUUGUGGUCAUGUCUGUUGUAAAGUCAGAUCUCUGACCAGGUAUAAGUAGAUCUUGGCAGACCGUCUGCAAAAACACGUCCUGAAGCUGAACAAUACAAAACAACCUCUAUCGUGCUCCAGUCUGGUGCUGUUGAAGUCAUGGGGAGAGACAACAUCCUAACCUUUUCUGUGCUGUGUGUCUUCUCUGCUUGGACUCCGGGUGUGGAUACAAAGACGGUCAGUCUCCCUCUGCAUGAUCCAAAAUCCAACUUCCCCUUAGACAUGGCUCCAGACUCUGUUGAUGACUCCUACAAGGGCUGUGAGGAGAAGAUGCUCAGGAAGGUGCAUGACUAUUACCUGAAAACGGAGAGACUAAAAAACAAAGAUUUCAACCAGGCUUGGACCGAUGCUGAGGCCCGUUACAAACCCAAACCGAAAAGAGCACUGUCUAAACUCUAUUCCCUGGCAAUCCAGGUGUAUGUGACUGAAUACUCCCAAAUGUUCAAGUCAUUCAACGAGGCCACUCGUACCCAAAAGAAGAGCUACAGCACAACAUUCCAGUACCACUCCCUGCACUUCCUUCUGACCAAUGCUUUACGAAUCCUGAACAAGAAAAAUAAGCGUUUUCAAACCUUCCGAGGAACCAACGUGUCUUUCCACGGAGUCCGAAAUACUGAAAUGCGAUUCGGACAGUUCACGUCGAGCUCUUUAGACAAGAAAAUCACUAAACACUUUGGAAAUCGCUCCUGUUUUGAGAUCACCACUUACCUUGGUGCCCCACUGGGGGAGUACGCAUCUCAGAUGGCUCAUGAGAAGGAGGUGCUGAUUCCUCCCUACGAGGUGUUCAGAAUUACAGAGGUGCUGAAGAGAACAGACAAGAAAGACCUCUGGUGUGACGUCGUCUACAAACUGCAGAGUACUAAGAAAGGAAAAAGUGACCUGAAAUGCCAGAUGGUUGGACCACUCCAAGGAGAGUAAAAUCAAAACAGCAACACAGCUGUUCCGCUUUCAGUUAAAUAUGAAAUGCAGUUUUUAGUGCAACACCUGGCUUCCCCAUCCACCAUCGCUCCUCCCACAAAUACAGAAAAUACAGAAAACAUUAGCGUAGCUUUUCCUACUUUCAGAUUGUCAGAUCUGUCCUGUUGUAAAUGUUUCCCACAUUGUUUGCUUAGAUUGUUAACCUUUCUUCUGCCAGUGAAUUGGCAUUUGUUGUCAUGUGCACUGCAGCUUUUGCUAAAAACCUAUAAUGAAAAGCAUUGAGCAAUAUUACAUCUCCUGUCCAAUUUAUCCACUACCUACACAUCCAUUAUAAAGAGAUGAAUUUCAUCUCACUUGAAGACAAUGUGUUUGUUCUCAGGUUAUAAUUACAAUGGGCUACAAAGAUACUCCGAUUUAAAUAAAGAAAUAGCCAAAGAUAACCUGAAGCUUCAAUCAUCCCAUCUGAGUGAGAUUGUUGAUAAUGUGGUCGUUCUUCACCCAUUAUUCAACGUACAGUAGUUGUACAAAGUAAUGACACCGAGUCAUGGCUUUGAAAUUAAUUGU